AUGGCUCCUUUUGCCGAAGGAAGACACAUGCGUGAUAUAUUAGCUGUGUUGGAGAGCAAUCAUAAACGUGUACCGUGCGAUGUGGACGAUGACGCACUUUUAAUACUUAAGGGAGCCGUGUGCGGCAGUGGCCAAGACAUUGUUUCUGCGUACGAUGCGUUGUGCGUGUAUGACUGGAGAGACUCGGGAAUUGGCGCAAACGGUCCAGGAGGUUGUGUGAUUAAUUAA